AAGUGUAUGUCAUUUUCAUAAUUUAUUAUUUCUCCAAUCGCUUUUUACGUUUCUAUUUGUAAUGGUAAAGCACUCUAAUAUUCAACCCAAUCAAAAUGACCGACUUCAUUUGAAGGAUUACGAACCAGCCGAAAGUUUCGAUCUGAACAAAAUUUAUCCGAAUCUCACAAAGAAAAUGUUGUCGUUUUUCGUUGUGGUAACACUUGUCGUCCUAAUUUGGCUGAUAAUCAAAUGGCUGCUGAAAAUGUUGGCAUCGCUGGCAUGGUUAGUAACAUUAGUAUUUGUCACAAUGUAUGUUUUGCCGGAACUUCGUGGUGGAAAUUUAGAUGACGUCCUGUUAAUUUGCACAAAGAUUCUAUUUUCCGUAUUCGCUGAAAGCAAAAAACUAAUCUUCAAAUUAAUCAAGAAAUACAUGGAAACUGCGGUCGAAUACGUGAAGAGUUAGAGUGCCGAGUAAAUUGAAUUUAAUAAAUUUAAGUUAAUUCAACUGCUGAUGAUGUUUGGAUUGGUUCAGUGGUACUGAAAACAAAUUAUAUUUUUUGGGA